AUGGACUCCACUUCCGAGGAAGAAGGAAUCGCAUUUUGCUGCGCGUUUGUUUUAGAAGCUGCCCUUGUUGUAGUAACGAACACGUUCGUUGUUGUUCUCUUUGUAUUUGAGAAGAAGCUUCGCAAAAAAAGCUUUGUUUUGGUGAUAAACAUGGCGGUUGCUGAUUUGAUGGUAGGAGCUGUGUCUCUGCCUCUCUACGUUUACUUAAUGGUGGGAAGUGCGUAUCAGCUAUGGCCAGUUGAGUCACUAAAACCAUUAACACUAUUCUAUGUUUCCUGGGAAGGAAUUUUUUCGCGUGCCUCCACAAUUUCUGCAGCGUUUAUAUCUUGUGAAAGGUGCUACGCCGUCUACUGGCCACUAAAACACCGAACACUUUCAAUGCGGGCGUAUCGCAUUCUUAUUUUCAUGGUUUGGUCAGUUAGUAUCAUCAUCGACUUCACCGCGAUCCGAACUUGGAACUUUUUAAAGUUAUCUAAGUUAACUGUAAAGUAUAAUUCUUACAGGAUUAUAUUCUCUUCUAUUACCGCAGCUAUCGUUUGUGGUUGUAACAUUGGCAUUUUUAUAAAGUUUCGACAGGCAAGUACGGAAAAUAUAGUUAAGAGAAGAGCCUUGCAAACCAAACGCUUGACAAAAACCUUACUGUGUGUAUCUACCAUUCAUGUCCUUUCCUGGCUUUCUGUAAUCGUUGUUAGAUAUUUAUACCGUCACCGUCACAUAGUUGUUCUUCGAGUCUUCUAUUUAGUUUUUAAUACUAUCUUCAUUAUUCAUUACUCCGGCUCUUUUAUAAAUCCAGUCGUGUAUGCAUUAAGAAUCCCCGAGUUCAAACAGGCGCUG